GUUCUAGCCGCCACUACUCGUUCUUCGGAUAUGGACGUGUGAGCUUCCGUUCCCGUCCUCCUUUCGCUCUCGCUCUCCCGCUCUCUCUCUCUCUCUCCUUUCUCUCUCCCUUCCCGGCUCUCCGGCCGUUGAUCGCCUGCAACAAGGAAGCCAAGAUGGCGGCGGCGGGAGGAGGAGAGUGCGACGUGAUUAUGGCGCCCGCGGCGGCGAACCUGGCGGCGCCUUCUCACCCUGAAGGGUCGGCGAUGUUGAGCGACGAGGACGCGGGGACGCGCAGAGAUGCAGAGUCCUUCAAGGAGCAAGGAAAUGCCUUUUAUGCCAAGAAGGACUACAAUGAAGCGUACAACUACUACACAAAAGCGAUAGAUGCAUGCCCCAACAAUGCCAGCUACUAUGGGAACCGAGCUGCCACGCUCAUGAUGCUGGGCAGAUUCCGGGAGGCCCUGGGGGAUGCCCAGCAGUCCGUCAGGAUGGACGACAGCUUUUUGCGGGGACACCUACGGGAGGGCAAAUGCCACCUAUCUCUGGGCAACGCCAUGGCUGCCAGCCGCUGCUUCCAACGAGUUUUAGAACUGGAUCAUAAAAACGCACAAGCUCAGCAAGAGCUGAACAAUGCCAGAACUGUUCUAGAGUACGAGAAAAUUGCCGAAAUUGACUUUGAGAAACGGGAUUUCCGAAAGGUCGUCUUCUGCAUGGAUCGUGCUCUGGAAUUUGCCCCCGCUUGCCACCGGUUCAAAAUCCUCAAAGCAGAAUGCUUAGCAUUGCUGGGUCGCUACCCUGAAGCACAGUCUGUGGCCAGCGACAUCUUGCGAAUAGACUCCACAAACGCUGAUGCCCUGUACGUCCGAGGGCUGUGCCUUUACUACGAAGACUGCAUUGAGAAGGCUGUGCAGUUCUUCAUCCAGGCACUCAAAAUGGCUCCCGACCACGAGAAGGCCUGCCUUGCCUGUCGCGUGAGUAUGAAAGGAAGCAGCCAGGCAGGCUUUUGCAGAGCCCAGGGCAGCAAAGUGGUGAAACAAGUGGUCCGUUUUCUAACCUUGCAGCUUGUCUUGCAGCUUAGAAAGCUCGAUGAAGCAAUAGAAGACUGCACGAGUGCCAUCAAACUGGACGACACAUACAUCAAAGCCUACCUGAGGAGAGCACAGUGUUACAUGGACACAGAGCAAUAUGAAGACGCUGUGAGGGAUUAUGAAAAGGUUUACCAGACGGAGAAAACAAAAGAACACAAACAACUCCUUAAGAACGCGCAGGUGGAGCUGAAGAAAAGCAAGAGAAAAGACUAUUACAAGAUCCUAGGCGUGGACAAGAAUGCGUCUGAAGACGAGAUCAAAAAGGCAUAUCGGAAGCGGGCCCUCAUGCAUCACCCAGAUCGGCAUAGUGGUGCAAGUGCUGAAAUCCAGAAAGAGGAAGAAAAGAAGUUCAAAGAGGUUGGUGAAGCCUUCACCAUCCUCUCGGAUCCGAAGAAGAAGGCCCGCUACGACAGUGGGCAGGAUCUGGAGGAAGAUGGCAUGAAUAUGGGAGAUUUUGAUGCAAAUAAUAUCUUCAAGGCGUUCUUUGGAGGGCCAGGAGGCUUCAGUUUUGAAGCUUCUGGACCAGGGAAUUUCUUUUUCCAGUUUGGCUAAGCUGCAGAAGAGUCCCAUCUCUACCGAGACACACCUACUUUGCCAGACCUGCUUCUUUUAACCUUGAGUUACGUUCUCCCUUCAUCACGCGUUUUCUCUGUUGGAGACCUCAGUUUUUGUGUGUGUGUGCUUUAGAGUGUUAACGAGAAAACCAGCGCUUGAAGAGAGAAGGGGGAGGGGCAGUGAAGGAAUAUACUUUUUUGUUGUUUGUUUUAUUGUUAACUUUAUUAAAGAGAGAGAGAGAGAAAGAAAUAAUAAUAAUAAAUGAUUCCUCCAUGAUAAGUAAUUUCAGACACCCAAAGCUGCUGGGAUUGAACUGGUGGAAUUCCUCACCUUCUAAGACAGGCCUGAGACUUUUCUUAAGGACAUAACAUGCCUUCAUAUUUAUGUAAGUAAGAAGAACCUAAUGAUGAGGGUUUUCAUGCUUCGGUUCCAUCUUCCUGGCUGCAGCCACACCAGACCAUAUAAACAAAGGUAUUCACACACUUAAGGGAGCACAGGCAAAUAGGGAAGUUCAUGCCAUUACUAUCCGUGAUGUUCAUCUUCGGAAUAAGGAGGUGCCUCCGCCCUCACCUUUCAGCACCUGCUGUAAUACCUCCAAAGAGUCUGUUUAAUUUGGGGUGGGGUGGGGUGAUCUUCUUUGUUUCCGAUUUCUUGAGUACUUCAAGGAAAUGGUAAGGGCUGAUUUAACACGUAGGUGUUUGUCGUUUGGUGACGACGACCCCCCCCCCCCGGUAGUGCAGCUGUAAACCUGACUCCAUUGAAAAGCGUAUGGUGAAUGUCAGGUGUCAUGAAAUAUCUCCGUAUGUGUGUGCAUGGUUUUGGAUCUGCACCUGCAAAUCAUCACUCGAUGUCAAGAGUCACGGUUCAUACACGGUUCACGUGCAAAUCCACCCUAACCAUCGGAACCUGUUUCUUAACCAAUAUAUGGGAUCUUCAAAACCACAGUUUCCCCUCCCCCUCGGAAAUGAUUUUUCAGAAUUGACCGACAAUAUGUACAGCCUUGAAGAAGACAAAAAUCAGUAAGCAUUUGUGGGGUGUUGGGGGGGGGCUUUGGGGGGUAAAGAGGACUGCGGAGUUUCUGCUGGGCAGCCCUUGUAGCAUGCUGUAAAGGUGCUUGUUGUCUCCAAGCACAAAUCUUUUGUGCCGAGAGCCGAGUUCAAAAUAUUCUGCGUACAUCUUUGUACUUGUGGAACCUCAGGUUUUGCUCAGAGCUGAGCUGUGAACCUACCCGAUGGGCUGUUUCACAAGGUGAUAAUUUGCAGUUGAAAUAGUAACAACCAGCCACCCUGGGAUUGUUGGCUGGCUUUUUUUUAAAAAAAAAAACUGUUAUCCAUGUGGUAAUUACUGUGAAUGUUGGCCACACCAAGUAACUGCGUUUUUAAUACCUCCUUGUUUGCAGCAGUUGGCUCAUUCCUUUUCUUCGCAGUGGCAAGCCAUCUUAAGUGGGCGUUUGUCCCUUCCCUGCCCUACUCCAACUUGUGACCCGUUUUCAGUGAUCAGUGAUAUUUUAAUUUACUGGUCCAUCUUAAGAGGUGCCCUCAGGCCCUGUGAGUUCCCUGCUACUUUUGAAGCAGGUCACCUCCUGGCAAGUGAAGGCUUAGCAGUAGGUUUUUACCUUGAUCCCUGGUUCCCAACCCCAGCCUCCUACUGAAGUGCUUGGGAGGAGAAUCUCUCUUGGCAGAGGUGCAGUUGAUAGCAGGAAGUACAUAUUGCUAGCUAGGCUGAAGGGAGGAGACAGCAAGGAAGUCAGCGCCAGAAGUGGGGAGCGGGAUCUAGGUGUCUCGGUUACAUGAGGAUCUUUU